UGACACUCUUUCCAAAGAACAACUGGAGCCAAGAAUUUUUGAGUUAUUUGAAGUUCGAAAGUCCAUACUCGAAACGUCUAUAUCGGGAGUGUCCAUUAUAAAACACCACAUAAAGCCUGAUGACAUCGACAAGCGACAAAACGCAUGCUCCGGAGCUGACAGAGGCGGUCCUCAUCCUUCAGACUAUCGUACGAAAAUUCAUCAAGGAUGUAGAAAGCAAGCGUCAAAAUAUCUUUCAGAAUACACCACAUGACCUAGCACUAAGUGGUGGAUUGGCAAUAGUCACUAGCCUUUCAGCUGCUGCUGAUGAGGAGACCAAAACCCAUUUAGAGAGCCUUUUGGAAGAAACCCUAAGAUUGGAAAGACAGCUUCGCGCGAUAGGGAAAUGGCAUCCACCGUCAAAACCCUGGGACGCGCCAUUUCCCACCGCUCUCGAUUUUGAAGAUCUGUCGAGUGCAACCCGUGUUCUUCGCCACAUGAUCGCCUCUACGGCUUCUGCCAACCAGCGCACUCCCCAACAAACAUUGUCGGCCUACUCCUGGACUUGGGAUCCCGCAUGGCGCGAGUUUUACACAUUCCUCCCCACUCAAAAUGCGUAUAUUUAUCUGUCCCAAUGGAAACUGAACGAGGCAAGGGGCGUCUGGGAACAUGUAAGCAUGACCGGAACAAACUUGAUGCCUAAUGACGCUGCAGAAAAGUUGGGUGCUUGGGAAGACUGGAAGUGGGAUGCAAUCGCUGGGCAGUGGUAUCUCGAUAUGGGUUCAAAAUCUGGCGAGCAGGUUCAGAUAUUUGCAAGCCCGUGGCAGAUACAAGAAGAUGGCGAGUGGGUAUACGUCGGAACGAUUGGAAGUAUCGAGUGAACGCGUGGCAACUAAGUUCUCGAGCAAGCAUGAUGCCUGAGUGAUUCUCAUGAAAUUUGGAAACAUCUUUGGAUACUUAAACAAUAUGAAUAGUACCUUGUGAG